AUGGAAACCAGUGUUCAGGUAAGUAUCAUUAAAAUCUUGAAUGUUAGCUGGGAAUUUAUAACUAUUGAUGACUCGGACCCGAUUUUUUCGAUUUCUGAAUUGACUCGUUUGUUAAAAUUGAUUCGGUUAAGAAAUAAAAAUACUAUUUCUAAAAAACUUUCAAAAAAUUGUCUGACCCUGACUUUUUUCUUUCAAAAAUUCAAAGAUUCUAUGGUUUUCAUAUUAGUUUAACUAAUAUAUUUCGAAAAGUUGGUACUGAUCGGAAAUCCUUAAAAAAUAUUUGUAUAAAACAUAACGAAGAAGCAUUUUUAUUUCUUAAAUUAACAAAUUUUAUAGUUUUUUUGUUUUGCAACUCUACUUGAUAGUUUUGAUUUUCCCUGAUUUUUCUCAAUACUUCCUUGACACUUCCUUCCUGAUUUUUCUCAAUACUACGCUGAUCCUUCAAUUUCUGUCAGAAAAAGUUGUCUACACCUAUGUAUUUACUCGUAGAACUUGUUAAACCUGAUCAACGAUCAACUUAACUCUUGACCUUAUUUCCCGCCUUUUUUCAUCAUUUUUUUACUGCCAACACCAAAACCACAAGAAAUCGAAUUCGGUUUCUCUCUUCAUUUUAUCCGCCCAUAAUCAAUACACAAAUCAAGGAUAUAUCUAGACCCCAUCAAAACGUAUCUAUGUGUAUGUGUGCAAAAAUCGAGAAGAGAGAACUCUCUUUUCAUCUUUCUCUAUCUUUUUUGUUCUUGUUCUCUCUUCAAAAACAAAAAAAAAUAUAUAAUUUCUCUCGUUUUCGAGACGCAACUUGUUCCCUCCAAUAUAUUUCCAUAAAUCAUACAUUCAAUUUCAUUUUGUCAUUCAGAAUAUUCAAAAGUUGGAAGGAGAAGAUCAAAAGAGUGGCUGUGUUGGAAACAAAAAACCCGCUAAUCGACCAGCAAUGCAGAUUUAUCGACCACCAGGUAAGUGUUUCACAUCGGGAAGUUAAAUUCAAAAAUAAUAUGUGUAUGUUCAGGAUUGAGAUCAGAUGGAUCAACAUCUUCAUCUUCAUCGAUAACAUCAUCAACAACCGCAGUAGCAACCUCUACGAAACCGAAGACGGCAGCCGGUCAAAAGCUGUCCGCCAGCGAAAAUAACGAUAACUCGCAAAUUAUCGGUAAGGAUGUUAUAUCCAUGAGUUCGGGAUUUUCCAAGUUGAAAAAAAUCAUGAAUAGACUUCAAAUGAAUUCAGAACUCUUGCUAAAUCAAAACUUUUGCAUAACUAAGAAUCCUAUUCAAAAUAUUAUGUCAAAGAUUUCUUUUGCAGAGAACAAUAAUAAAUGCGGUGAAUCGACGAGUUCUCGAGCUAGUUCCCGAGCAUCCAAUCAAAUAUCAUCUUCAAAUGGCGAUGAUCAACGAUCGAGUUUGAAAAGAACAGAAAGCUCAUUGAGUUCCGAAUCAACGCCUUCUUCCCAGGUGUGUUCUAUUGUUGUUCAAUGUGUUCAACAAUGUGUUUUGUUGUUUUCCAGAAAUCAUUUGGUUCCAAUUCCAAUAAGCUAAAUGGUCAACAAAUCAAUUCUUCGUCUGCCAACAAUCACAAUCAAUAUAACAAACGUCUUAACAAUAAUUUGGCGAGAAAAGAGCAACAGCAAAAGGUUAGUUCCCCUUUUAUUUCCAAACCGUUUCAAUUAUUCUUUUUCAGAAAAAGGUAAUGUCGGAACAUGAAAUUGAAAAGGCUAUUACUGAACUUCGAGCAUUGCAACUAUUUUCACAUUCUACACAAAUUGAACAAUGGAUUGGUGGAGCAUUUUGCGAUGAAGAUUUAGCUGAAUGUAUUGGAUCUGCUUUAUGUAGACAUGCUAUUGAAGGCGGAGGUGGAAGUGGAGUUGCAAAAUUAUGCGCCAAUUUCAAAAAUUCCCCAUCCAUUCAUUCUUUCGUCAAAGGUUUGACUAUUGCAUUGGCUCAAUAUUUGGAAGUUCGUCAAAAAAUUCGAGAUGAUCAUUUCCGAAUGUGGAUCUCAUUCAUUCAAUUUCUCACCGAACUUUAUGCCAAUCUUGGAAGCGAUUCGAAAGGUAAAGAAUAUUUAUUCAUUUUUUAUUAUCAUUUGGUUCAUUUUCCAUUAGCGAUUUUCCCGGUGGCGAAAUAUUGACGUGUUCUUUUUCGGAUUCCCUAGGCGCCUAGAAAAACAAUCGUCAUAAUUUUUUGUACUUCUAUUUAUAGAAAACCUACAGGAUUUCUAGCUUUCAAAACUUGACGUCGUACAAUACACAUUAGAACAUUUUUUAGAAAUAACAUAUUUUCAAAAUUUCAAAUUAUUAAAGGGUCACGUUUCAGGUGAACUUGCAACAAUUGUAUUUGAUGUUUUCAAUUAUUUACUUCGUCCACCAAUUUUGGAAAAUGUCAAGAUUCAAGAACUUGAAUGUCUCAUUUCAAUUUUGAUCAAAGGAGGAUAUGAUCUUGAAAGAGAAUGUCCUGAUAGAUUGGCUUUAUUGAAAGAUCUUAUAAGGUAAAACGGAUCUAAUUUUUGAAAUAAACAUAAUCAAAAUUUCAGAGAUGCAUUUAUCGAUGUUCCUGAACCAUGGGCUCGUAAAAUGAUAUUGCUUCUUUUGGAACUCGGAGCAUCUGGCUGGAAAUUGCCGACUGACGCUAAUGAAUACUAUUUCAAUGAAACAACUAACUAA